AUGAAAUUAUGAUACAGAAGUAGAACGAGGAGAAAUCUGAAAAUUUGCAUUAACACAUCGGAAAUAGAAAUACACAGUCGUUUGAAAUUUUCCGAAGCCUGUGGAGGAAGCAUGCUAUCCAGAGAGCGAUCCACCAAGGUCUUCCGCUUGGCACUCAAUUUCUCAAAUCUUCUUCACGCUCAUGGUUCCUCCACUGGCCAAUCACUGCCCAUUACCAAACAAGCCUUGACAACCCUCCUGCAAUCAUGUUCUUCACACCCAAGCCUCCUCAAACAACUCCAUGCUCUCCUCCUCACAACAGGCCUUUCCAUCAAGAACGCCCUCAUCACCCAGCUUCUUACCUCCCUGACUCUCUUAGGGGAUAUGUCAUACGCUCGUCAACUGUUCGACGAAAUGCACAAGCCAAGGCCCUUUUUGUGGAACACCAUCAUGAAAGGGUACGUGAAAAAUGGCAUUCCCGAUAAGGCAGUCUCGGUUUACGGGAAAAUGCGUCAUCUUGGUGUUCGUCCCGACCCCUUUACGUUUCCUUUUGUGAUCAAGGCCUGUGCUGAACUGGCCGAAUUGUGGGCAGGUUUGGGUAUGCAUGGCCAUGUUGUGAAACAUGGAUUGGAGUUUGUUGCUGCUGUGAGGACUGAAUUGAUGAUAAUGUAUGUUAAAUUCGGGGAGUUGGGUUGUGCUGAGUUCUUGUUUGGGAGUAUGGUUGAGAGAGAUUUGGUAGCUUGGAAUGCUUUGAUUGCUGUGUGCGUGCAAACUGGAUUUUCCAGCAAGGCUCUCCAGUCGUUUCGGGAAAUGGGCAUGGCCGGAAUAAAGCCUGAUUCUGUAACUAUUGUGAGUGCUCUUUCGGCUUGUGGUCAUUUGGGGUGUUUAGAAACUGGUGAGGAGAUUUAUGAGUUUGCUAGAGAAGAAGGGAUUGAUAGCAAUAUAAUUGUUCAUAAUGCAAGGCUUGACAUGUACGCAAAAUGUGGGGACAUAGAUAAGGCCAUGAAUCUAUUUGAUGAGAUGCCUCAAAGGAAUGUAAUUUCUUGGAGCACUGUGAUUGGAGGGUACGCAAUUAAUGGGGAGAGUGAGAAAGCAUUGGCUUUAUUCUCUAGGAUGAAGAAUCAAGGAGUACAACCAAACUAUGUCACCUUUCUUGCCGUUCUAUCUGCUUGCAGUCACACUGGACGAGUGAAUGAAGGGUGGCAAUAUUUUAAUUUCAUGGCUCAAUCAGAUGAUAAAAAUAUCCAACCUAGAAAAGAGCACUAUGCUUGCAUGGUUGAUCUUCUUGGCCGGUCAGGACAUCUUGAAGAGGCUUAUAACUUCAUUAAAACUAUGCCCAUUGAGGCAGACCCAGGAAUUUGGGGUGCUUUAUUGGGGGCCUGUGCUAUUCAUCAGAAUAUCAAAUUGGGUCAGCAUGUGGCUGAUUUACUCUUUGAAUUAGCUCCUGAGAUCGCCUCAUAUCAUGUUUUAUUGUCCAACAUGUACGCUGCAGCUGGUAGGUGGCAUUGUGUUGAGAAGGUGAGGCAGAGAAUGAAAAAGAAAGGGGCAAGAAAAGUAGCUGCUUACAGCUCAGUCGAAUUUAAUGGUGAAAUUCAUAUCUUAUAUGGGGGAGACAAGUCACACCCACAGUCAGCAAGUAUAUUGGCGAAAUUAGAGGAUUUACUUAAACAGAUGAAGAGUAUGGGUUACAUUCCAGAGACUGAUUCUGUAUUCCAUGAUGUGGAGGAUGAGGAAAAGGAAUCCACACUCAGCACUCACAGUGAAAAGCUUGCCAUCGCAUUUAGUCUUAUCAAUGGAAGUCCCAAGUUCCCCAUUAGAGUAAUGAAAAAUUUGAGAAUUUGUGGUGAUUGUCAUACUUUCUGCAAACUUGUUUCCAGAAUUACAAUGAGAGAGAUCAUCAUGAGAGAUAAGAACCGAUUUCAUCAUUUUAAAAAUGGCAUUUGUUCAUGCAGGGAUUUCUGGUGAUUCCAAGGGAUAAAAAAUACUUUGAAGCGGGCCCAAAAUUCAAAGCAUAUUGGAUAAUCGUUUCUCUAAAUUGCAAGGAGAGGUGUAAGAGGAACUAAAAAGAAGAAAUUAAUCUGGUAUGGCUGAAGGCUAGCUCAGUUCUUGAACUCCCAUUGAAAUAGAAAACAGUGUUCUUAUAAGCUAUAUGAGCCUUCUGAUUGAGCAGAUUCUUCAGGCAGUGGAAAUCUAUAUCCCCUGGAUGAGGACCAGCAAUUAGAUCUUCCAUUAAGUUUAUAAAUGGAUAGUGGAAAUCUAUAAGCCUUGGACAAGGACCAUCAUUUUGAUUCCUCUGCACGGCCUGGAUGGCAAGCUAACAAAGGCAGAGACUAACUGAUUCACUUUAUAUUAAGUUAAAACUAUUAUCUUGCUUUAUUUUUGCAUCUUACAUCAAGCUAGAGGAUGCAGUUGUCCAUCUCAUAUGCGUUGAUAUCAGGCAUGAAGUGGCAAGCUUCUUGUCAAGAUUUUUAGGCACCCAUAAUCGAUCUCAGAUAUUCUUUUUACAACACAUUCUUCUACUCAGUAUAAUUUUGCUUUUUAAUAAGAAGCACUAAAUUAUGCUUUGAAGCUGUGGAGCAUGGUUACUCCCCAUGCCAAAGGUUCGGACAAAGAGCAUGAACCACCUGCUUCUAUUGUAAUAGAUUUCUUCCCCACCGAAUGUAGUAGGAAUUUCCAAUAUUAAUGCAAUCCAACCGGGCAAACAGUACUGGAUUAAACAGGUCAUUCCCUUUAUCCACAACCUCCUAGUUUUCAUUUAGAGAGAUCUGUCAUCCAUGAAUGACAAAAUGUCAAUAUUGAGUAUUAAAUUCCAUUAAUCUCUCAAUUUGAAGUGCUCUACUCAGUUUCCUGUGGUUGUAA